AAUACUCUUGAUAGAAACAACAAGUCUGGAUUUGUUUAUUUUCUUUUUGGUGAAUUUCUUUGUACAAUGAGUGUAACUGUACAAUAAUGUCAAAACUUCGAGUUCAGCAAUACAUGGAAAAAUACAGACUAACGGCUCUAUUUGAGGACUUAAUGACAAAGGUGGUGCAUGAGCAACCAGAGGACCCGGUCAUCUACCUCAUCAAAUGUCUGUACAAGAAAGCAGCUCUUCCCAUUCCAAAGGAUUUGAGAUCAGCUGGAGAGAAGAAAAGUGUAUCCCCAGAGCGUGCACAUAGACGACCUCGUAGUCCUGAGAAAGCUGUGUCCCAGUCAUGGGCAGUGGGCAGUGGGCCUGAUCUGGUGGACCGUUCGUAUGACAAACCGUGGCUCACUCAUGCCAAGAAGAUCAAAGGUCAGCGGGAAGAAGAGAAAAGUGAUGCCAAAUCAAAGCCAGCACGUAAACAGAAGUCGGGAUGGGUGUCGGACACAAAGGUCACAGCGACCUCGUUUGACGAGCUCUUUGAGGAGGAUCGCACUGCUGGGGUCAAAGGUCAGAGGCCACCAGCCCGGGCGGAGAGUACAGACAUCACAAGGGCGUGGGCGAAACAUGUGGACCUGGAGGACAGCAAAGAUGCCGAGUAUCGUAGUCAUGGUUACAAGGGACCACGGUGCAGCAGAGAUGACGAAGACCCACUUUCAGGGGAAAUAAUGCUGGCAAAAGACGUGCCGAGGGAAGAAUCAACAACUAGCACUGGAAAGUCACGAGGGGCAAAGAGGGUCGCUGAAAAACACAGACAAGAUUUGGAGAAAAUACUUCAGGAUUCUGACGCCAAGUCAGUGGAUUCAGGCUUUGAUGGGGAGAGGGGAGAUGACGUACAGGACGAUGCCAUCGAGUUACUGGAAGAUCCAGAGGACCUGAUUCGUGAAGGGGUCACCAACAUUCCAGCAGCUGGGUACAGAUUGAGCAAGAUUCUCAGACAACGGAAGGAGGAAACCCCUGUUAAACUAAACAUCAAACUUUACUCCAGUAGUGAUCGUCUUAGUAGCACCAUUGGGAAUGGAAAAUUUGAGGAAGAGUUAGAAGAUUUUGAAAGACCUCCAACAGGCAUGUCAUAUCAGUCGAGAGGGUUCUCACAGUUCUCUCCAGAUGUCUCUGAUGAGGAAUUUGAAAGUGUGUCACAGGUUGUAGGACCAAGAGCACCGGUGUGGAGCCAGCCAGAUUCAGACACGGAGACUCACAGACAGGAGCCACCUGCGAGGUCAUCUGGCAGGGUCAAGAUGGCAGCCACUGCCCCAGUUAGGUUUGACAACCCGCCCAUGCCUCAACCUGCGACUGACAACAUGUUCAUGGACUCUGGCAAGACAUGGGCCCCCGGUGGGGGUAAAACCCCUCCCGAGCUUGUCAGUGCAUCUGUGGAAGAACCCCCACCCCCACACGUAGGCGACUCUCUGAUGUCUGUACAGUCGAGAGAUGGUGUGAAAUACGGUUGGAAUAUUCCUGAAGGAACAGAAGUGUCUGCACUCACUGAUUGGUCAGAUGGCUCUGCCACAGCCAGGAGUCAGCAGGGACCAAAAGCGUAUUGAACAAGGUUCGGGAACAAGACCCAAUGAUGUCCCAUGAAACACAGAUCUACGCAAGGCAGUCGUAGACAAAUCCGUCCAUCACUCAUUUUCUCGAGUGAAAAAAUGCAAAUACUGUAUAUUGAGAAUAUAUAGAGACGUGCUAAUCUAUAGAAAAUUUGUGUUGUCAUCAUUUUCAUGGCAUUUAAUAUCUGAAAUGCUUAUUAAUUGAAAAUAUUAGAAACCAAAAACCAUUGUUACAUGCAUAUAUGAUUUUUAGCUCGGCUGUUUUCGGAGAAAACCUGAGGUAUUGUAAUAGCCGUCCGCCGUCCGCGACGUGCUAAAACCUUGACAUUUGUCUCUAAAAUCAAAGUGCUUCUACCUACAACUUUGAAACUUCAUAUGUAGGUGUUAGCAUUUGUCAAUGUGUAAUUGAACACGUUGUCCAUUACAUUGAUAAAAUCAGUAACAAUUUAGCUUGAUGAUUAUCAAUUUGGCGAUCUUUGAAGAGGUUCCUUUAAGAUAUUAUAAUAGUUAAUCCAGAUGCAGUGAGCUAUAUGCACAGGUGGUUGUAUAUUUAUGAAUUUAUUAAUUAAAACUGAGUUCUGGCAAUAUCUGGGCUUAGUUCGAAUCGGGGUACGUUGGUGGAAAACAAGAGCAAUAUUUCUAGUCUCAGAAAAUCUUUGUUACUGUAUCGAACUUAUACUACUACUUAAUCUUAAUGAAACUUAUUCUGAAUGUUUGUUCUUGACAUUUAUGGAUGACUUUUAAUCUUGGUCAUGUGCGACCAAAAACUUUAUAACCACUAGAAUUCACAUGUACAAGUCAACCUUGAUGAAACUUGGUCUGUAUAUAUCUUGGCAAUAUCUAAGCAGAAUUUAACUCUGGUUCACCUGCGUCAAAAAUACGCAGAUGUCAUCUUGUCAAAUCUUAGAAAAAUCUUUUUAGAUGCCACCUUAACGACCCAAUCUUGAUAAAACAUUUCUAAAAUUAUAAUCUUGACAAUAUCAAGAACAAUUUGAAUAUUGAUCAUAUGCAUCUUCAAACCAGGCUCCACCCGCAAAUCAUAGACCCAUCGUGUUACCUUUCAAGAAGCAACUGAAUCAAUGGAAUGUAUAUCUUGACAAUACCUAGGCCUGGUUUUAGUAUGUGUCAUGUGCAUCACAACGUAAAAUUUAGGAAAACUUCGUUAGCAGAAAAAGUGUUACUUAUCUAGUGGCCUCUGUUAUGGCUAAAUCUUGAUACAAGUUGGUGCAAGCGUUUUAUCUCGAAAAUACCGAUGCCAAGUUACAAUCUGGGUUAUGUCCGUUUAGAAACUAUGUGUGUUGGUUGGCAUAAUAACUGUGCUAAAUUUGAUAAGCGGCCGAACUGUUAGAAAUUGUCUGAAUUAUGGCCCUAAUAUGAUAGCAAAUGGCAGAAUUAACAUUCUCUAACUCAAAUAGUUUAAAUGAGUUUAACACAUGUAUGAGGCACAAGAAGCUCCAAGCUGAUUGGCAGACACAUUUUUAUACAAAUUUUAAAUAAACAUUGCCGACCAGUGUUUCCAUAACGUACAUCGUGUCACAUGCAGAGCUCGAAUUUUACUUUAAAACGCAAUUGCUUAGUUUACAUGUGACUUCAUUUCCUACUUAUUCUGUCAGUUAUUGUACAGCGUUUACAUAAUUAUUCUUACAUAGAUAUUUUUCUCAAACCUACUAUUUUAAAAAUCUUGUUAAAACGACUAGAAUAUUGUCGCAUAGUAUUGCCCCUAAAUAGUUCAAUAUUAUUGGACACAAACCAAUGAGACAAAAAGACUUACACUGAACAUUUUAUUAAACCAAUGAUACUAUCGUUUUAGGAGCAUAAAUGGUGUAAACGCCAUUUAUUGUUGAUAAAAAACAUUAUUCAUUACAAAUAUACACUUCUGACUAGAACUUCAAAUUGUGUCAAGUGUAUGUAAAUUAAACCUGACGUUAACCCUUUCAGUGCGGAAACCCAAUUUUAAAGGCCUUUGCAAACAGUUUGGAUCCAGAUGAGACGCCACAAAACGUGGCUUCUCAUCAGGAUCCAAACUGUUUGCUAUUCUGAUAGUAUUCUUUGAAAAAAAAAUCGAAGAAAAUGCUAAUUUUAGAAAUUCAGCAGACGACAUUUUUGCAGACGACAAAUUUCCCAGCAUGCAAAGGGUUAACAAACUGCAAGCUAGAAGGAUAUUGUUAAGUACAAUACAAGGAAACUAUUGAGGACAGUGUUGUUAUAUGACCUAAAUUAUUUAUCUUUCACCGUAUAUGGCACGGUGUAGAAGCAUUGCUCUUGUGCCCUAUAUCUACUGGCCUGAAAUAAAUAAUUAUUGUUUGA